AUGCAGGCCGAGGUGCCUGCACACCGGGUGCAGAAGCGAGUCAUCCACCUCCUGUCGCAGAAGAUUGACCAGUUCCUCGUGACUGCCGUCACGCCAGAGAUGCCAGUGCCCUCCAAGGAUGACGUGCAUCAUCCCUGCAAGAAGCCACUCGGCCAAGCAAUGUCCCUUUGCUCGAGGCUCGUCUCCGACUACGUCUUUCGCUUCCUUCGCAGAGCUGCGACUGCCCUGAAGCAGGAGCUCCAGCAGCAAAAGUACAAGUCUGUGAACAUCCUCUGCGAUGCCUCCCCCAAAUCCCGCAUGGAUGUUUGGCUGCCCAUCAUCUCCUGUGGCUCUAUGGCCUCGCCGUGGGUGUUGCAACGUCUCGCCGACCUGCAGGUGACCACGGUCGGCAACACUGCGAAGAUGGACAUGGUGCAACAGCUCUGUGACACCAUGGCCGAGAACAUGACAGUUGAACGCAAGAAUGCCGGCAAGAAGCUGUUCCUCGAACCUGUUUCAGUCCUUCGCAGCAGCAACUGCUUGAAGUGUGUCUCUAAUCAAUACUGCUGCUCCGGAAAAGGAGUGGGUGCUCAUGAUCUGAGGCCCAGGGAGCUCGCCCGCCUCAAGCAGACAAAACUCGCCUCACGCGAGCAGCUUCGGGCCCUCGGUCACGUCAUGGAGCUUCUCGAACUGCCCCUGGAGAUGCCGUGCAAGCGCCUGCGACCUUUGGAUCCCCAGAGUGAAAUCCGACUCAAGGUGGGUAGUACUCCUUACUUGUGGAACAAGAACACAGGGCAGAGCACCUGGGACUGCCUGCCAAACCCGUGCAAAGAAGACCAUCUGCGGGUCACCAUCCAAGCAGAUGAAGGAGGUCCGCUCUACUGUGCACAAAGCUUCUGUGCACAGCACGGCCUGCCCAUGCACCUCACACGGGAUGAACUGUAUCUUGGCCGCAUUUUCGUCUCCAAGCUGACAUACUGCAUGCUACGGCAUGCACGAUCUCACAACCUUCUUGAUGAGGGCACGUCGUGCCCCUUGGUCUACGGCCAAAGUGGGCGGUGCAUGGAGAAGUGCCGGUUUGAGGCACACCCAGAAGACAUGCUUCAGCAAGUCUUCCAGCAAUCCAUCCUCGAGGAGACUCUCGUCUGCAUUUGUUUGGCCUCUCUGCGCUUUGCAUAG